AUGACUUCACCUCCGCUGGCGGCGAGCGGUGCAAGUCUCUGCGUGUCCGCGUGCUCUCCCGCCAUGCUGCCAGACGAGAGCAUAGGUCAACGCAUCCUGCGGGCGUGCCGCGAAGGCGCUUCAGAACCCCUGGAUGUGGUACUCCGAGAGUCCAUAUCGCAGCUCCAUCAGGAGACGGAGUUCUCCUCCCUCGGGCUGCGUUGCUGGAGAACGCUCUGGAUGGUUUACAACAGCCUGGCGGUCGCGGAUCUGCCUGCGAAACUACUGACGCAGCAUCUUUGGCAGGCAUUGACCCUGUACCUCCGGCAGUUGGAGAUGGGGCGCGCGGACGCGGAGUGUUGCGAACACUUACUGGCCGCUGCAGGGGCUGUGCACGGAAAAUGGGCCCGAGCCCUGUCGGACGCGGGGGUUCUCGCGCUGCAGGAGACGAUGCAAGAUACGCUUCCGGAGUGGCUCAAUGCUUCAAAGGAGGAAGCGGUGGACUUCCUGAGCGCCUGGGAGGCAGAGCGCUUGCGGCGCGAAGCGGGCGUCAUCGGCAAAGACGCGGAGAUUCGCUCCAAGUCCGUGGACGGCGACGAUGUGGCCGAAACGGAGGGGCUGGAUCCAGACUGCUUCCGCUUGGAAGCUCGCGGCUGUCCGGCGAGUGCUGAUGCUACCCUGCAUCCGCCCAUCCCUGCUCGCAACUGCCGUGCGGGUCGCAUGUUCGGGUCGGACCGCUUCCUGAUGCUGCGCAUGGGCAGGCUCCGGGCGCCAGAGCAGUUCAGCUUCCUCGGGCGCUCGUGGCGUUUCCUCUACUGGAAGGUGCCGGACCAGAUCACCUACUUUGCAGAGAAAGGCUUCGGCUUGGAGGACUGCACUGUGAAAGCGGUGUGGGACGAGCUGGUUCCCCUGGAAGCCAAUCAGGACAUGACUCUUUGCAAAUUCAAUCAGCGGCUGCAGCUCUCGUUUUCCGAGACCCGGGCGGAUAUCUGCUUGGCCGUUCGCGAGGAAGAUGACCUUUGGGACUCGCAAGGACGCUUCUGCCUUUCCGAUGGCUGCGGCUGCAUCUCGCCGAGGGCGGCGGAGGCGGUGGCCGCCAAGCUUGGAUUCGAUGAGGUUCCCUGUGCCUUCCAGGCCCGCUGCGGCCCCUGGAAGGGCCUCUGGGUCCUGGACCCACAGCUGCCGCCAGGAGCCGGCCUCAUCGUCCGGCCGUCGCAGAAGAAGUAUUGUCUGCUAAGCGACACGCAGCUGGAAGACAUCUCCUUCGAAGUGCUCAACACAUCUACGAGACACCUGCACUGCUGCCUGACUGCCAACUCGAUCCAGGCCUUGGAGAGCCUCGGCGUGUCUCAGGAGACCUUCUCGAAGCUGCAGCAGGAGGUGCUCGAGGCCAUGGCUCCUCUGCUGCAGGCGGACCAGGGGGCAGGCUAUGUCGCUCUCGAGCAGCUGCUGAAUGCCCAAGUCAUCAAGGCCGGGCUCCAGAAGCCGCUCCAGGCCUUCAUCGACUUGAAAGUGCCCUGGCAGGAGCCCAACUUCGUGGACCUCCGCUUCCGGGUUUGCACGGACCUCCGCCGUCGCGCCACAGAGGACCUUCGCUUGCCCUUGCUUCGUGGGCUGCGCUGCUGGAUCGUUCCGGACCACACGCUAGGGCUUCGUGCUGGCGAGUGCUUCAUCCAAGCCCCGCACAGAAGUGGCGCGCCAUCCCUCCUGGGCAAGGAGGUGGUGCUGAUCCGCAGCCCAUGCUACCACAACAGCGCAGUGCUGAAGCUGCGGGUUCCGGACGAGAUACCGCCAGGCCUCUCACACAUCGUGAACGUGGUGGUCUUGAACGCGUGCUCCUUGCGACAGCAGCCUGCAGAUGCCGAGGUCAUGGGUGGAGAUCACGACGGAGACCAAGUGCUGGUGAUCUGGGACGAGGAGAUUGUGGAUCAGGUCAGCCCUUCAUCAGCACAUGUGGAGGAUGCCAGUGUUGAGGAGCGGGAUCAGAAGACCCUCAAACAGGUCUCUAUGGAAGAGCUUCCGAGCUUGAUGCUGGAUGAGCAAGUACUGGCAGCUCAGUCGCACAAAGCCUUCCGGGAGGCGGACAACAAGCGGAGGGAUUGGGUCGAUGAGGAGGGCUUCGAUGGCGAGAAUUCUGUCCGUCUGGCUGCCAUCUGCCAAGUGGGAGUGGACUGCGCCAGCAACGGUCGCACCAUCGAGAUCCCCGCGGAGUUGAGAAAGUCCACUCGUCCCGAUUGGUCCUGCAAGAAGAUGCAGCGCAACAACAUGAGGAUCUCUGAGAAGGCGUGCGGCCUGCUUUUCCGCCGGAAGGUUGAGUUUCCUUCCUUCGAGGAGGUUCAGUUCCUAGCACCCUGCCAGUUCGGACUUCUGAACCAGCCAGCCGAUCAGCUUGACCAAGCAGUUGGUCUGGUUCUGUCAAAGCUCCGGGACCUGCAGGAGAAGACUGAGCGGAUACAUCACCGGGCACACCUUUGUCGACAGUGGCGCAACGACCUUCGCAAAGCACUGUUUAGGCAGAGCCGUAAGGAGCUGGAGGAAGACUUUGCCGAGGGCGUCUUUGGUGCCGCGGUGUACCUCGUGCAGCUGGUGGGUCGCGCGAAGGGAGCCGCGGAGGCGAAAGAGGAGGUCCAAAAGCCGAAGGCCCAGGCAGCCAAGGAGGCCCUGGAAAGCUUCGUGGCCGCCCUCUCCGCGCGGCCCUCUGGCCUGGGAGAGGAGCUCAGGGAGCUGCUCCAAAGCUCAAAGGGCCGAAGUUCGCCGGUGCUGCGAACCUCCGAGAUUUGGCAGCUCUUCGGGGACGAGGUGCUGCAAACAUUGUCCGCAGUGCUGCAUGGGCCGUGCCCCUACCGCCCUGAGGAGAGCUUCCUCAUCGACCCCACGGAAGUUCGCUUCUCCCAUCCGGCGAUCAGUCCCCAGUUCCGGAGUGGGCUGCGCCUGAAGGAGGCAGUAGAGCAGCUGCUGCAAGGGGCCCGGAAGCGCGAUUUCGGCAAGAUUGGACCGCUGCCUGUGCGAUGGCACCGUGGCCACUUCCACACGAUGGGCAACCGGCGUCUGGCUGUGUAUCGGCUUUUCAAGUUCCAUCUGCCUCCCGACUCUGACCGCUGUCCGCUGAUCCGUGCACGCAGAGUGAAUGAGGCUGAGGCGCUCCGCUGGCCUUGGAACAGGAAGUUCGAAAUUGACGAAACGGAAGGACGGCGAGUACGUGUCCGAGAUUUUGACCAGGUUAUCGGGGAGACUGCCAACAUUGAGGAGACGACCUUUUCGAUAUGA